AUGAGCCUCUCGACUCCUGGUAGGUCACCCAUGGAUAAAUUCAAGAAAGUAAAAGUGAAGAAAACAGAAGGUCAGUCAGAGGUGAUUGGUCCAAAUCAGCCAGUUGCGGCAACCGUUGGUGAUGACAUCAUUUUGCCAUGUUACCUCUACCCAACCAUGGAUGCUUCAGACAUGACGAUGGAGUGGAGUAGACCUGACCUGGACCUCAGAUUAGUCCAUGUGUGGCCAGAGAGACCUGAGUUACAAAAUCCAUCCUACAAGGGCAGAACAUCUCUGUUUAUUAAUGAAAUGAAAAAUGGAGAAAUUUCUCUGAAGAUCUCCAGAGUAAAACCGUCUGAUGAGGGAAAAUACAGAUGCUUUGUUCCAGACCUGCGUAAAGACUCUAAUGUUCAACUUGUUGUUAGUCAGUCAGAGGUGAUUGGUCCAAAUCAGCCAGUUGCGGCAAUCGUUGGUGAUGACAUCAUUUUGCCAUGUUACCUCUACCCAACCAUGGAUGCUUCAGACAUGACUGUGGAGUGGAGUAGACCUGACCUGGACCUCAGAUUAGUCCAUGUGUGGCCGGAGAGACCUGAGUUACAAAAUCCAUCCUACAAGGGCAGAACAUCUCUGUUUAUUAAUGAAAUGAAACAUGGAGAAAUUUCUCUGAAGAUCUCCAGAGUAAAGGCGUCUGAUGAGGGAAAAUACAGAUGCUUUUUUCCAGACCUGCGUAAAGACUCUAAUGUUCAACUUGUUGUUAGUGCCGUCUCCUCACCUGUUAUCAGCUUUGCAGGCCUUGAUAAAUCCAUCAGUGGAGUGGUGUUACAGUGUGAGUCUGCAGGCUGGUAUCCAGAGCCUGAGCUGCUGUGGUUGGACGGUGAGGGAAACCUCCUCUCUGCUGGACCUACAGAGACCCUCAGAGGUCCUGAUGACCUCUAUACUGUCAGCAGCAGAGUGACUGUGGAGAAGAGACACAGCAACAACAUCACCUGCAGAGUCCAACAGAGGAACACCAACCAGAGCAGAGAGACACACAUACAUGUUCCAGAAAAAAAGAAGAGUGAGGAGGACGCAGCUGAACAGGCCAGGAAGAAAAACACGAUCAGCUCUAAAAACAGUGGGAUGCAGGUGGUGGAAGGAGAAAGACAAAACUACAAGAAACAACCAGAGGAAACAUGUCAACAGAGCCGAGAACAAAUCAGAGAGCAGCCAGAGAAACUGAGAGGAGCAGAGAGGAAAGAAGGAGCUCAGGGAAAGGAGCUGGAGGCUAAUGAAGGGCUCAGAUCUGAGGAAACAAAGAGGAAGGACAAGGAGAGAGAAAAACUACAACUCCCACAUGAAGGAGAGCUGCAGGCAGAGCAACAAGUGAAGAAGGAGACACAGAGAGAAAAACUGGAGGCAGAACAACAGCCAGAGAAACUGAGAGGAGCAGAGAGGAAAGAAGGAGCUCAGGGAAAGGAGCUGGAGGUUAAUGAAGGGCUUAGAUCUGAGGAAACAAAGAGGAAGGACAAGGAGAGAGAAAAACUACAACUCCCACAUGAAGGAGAGCUGCAGGCAGAGCAACAAGUGAAUGUAAAUGAAAAAAAGCAGCUAGAAGAAUAUGUCAGUCUCACAGAGAGAGGAGUCGACUGUGUGGAAGAAAAACAGGAGGAGGAGCUGAUGCAACGAACAUAUGAUGUUGAUCAAAAGAAUAACCAGAGUAGACAUCGUCCAAAUGCACUGAAACUGAAUGAGGUCUGCACACUUCCAGCUCACAGUCAUUAUGCUGCAACAUCACAAUCCUAUGAACCCAUGCAAUGGACCAAAGAUCAGCAGAUGCUGCCAGUUCAAACAGAACCACAAGAAUGUCUGAAAGAAAACGAUGAAGAUCUGCAGGAUCAGAUGGAGGUGGAUUAA